AUGGCAUGGAGCCCUGCAAAUAUAGCAAACUGUGCGGGAAACUCUUCAGGAAUUGAAUGUCGACCAGAACUGUUAGCAUUUAUAUCAUUUUUAGUGCAGUAUAUUGGAUAUUCGUACGAUCAACUUUAUCCAGAAAAACGGAAGAAAUCAGAAAAUGAAGAAAAUGACAAUGACGAAUAUAAUUUUAUAAUUGUUGGGGCUGGUAGUGCAGGAUGUGUUCUGGCUAACAGAUUAACCGAAGUACACAAAUGGAAGGUACUAUUAUUAGAAGCCGGCGAUGAGCAGCCUAUUAUUUCUGAUAUUCCUGCAGCAAGACCUUUACUUCUGGGAAGUUCUAUUGAUUGGAUGUACAAAACACAACCAGAACGACACGCUUGUUUAAGUCAGGAAAAUAGUACAUGUUCUUGGCCAAGGGGAAAAACCAUAGGAGGAAGUAGCUCCAUAAAUGCCAUGUGGUAUGUACGUGGCGUUAGGCAAGAUUACGAUGGCUGGGCUAACCUUGGUAAUAUAGGAUGGAGUUAUGAUGAUGUUUAUCCUUACUUCAUAAAACAAGAAAAUCUUCAGGAUCCUGAGCUUUUAGCUAAAUAUCCAGACAGUUAUGGUACCGAUGGACCUUUAGCUAUCGAAAGGAAUCCAUAUAACGACAAAAAUCAUAAUUUAUUAAAGACAGCGUUUAAAGAAAUGGGAUUACCUGAAAUCAAUUACAAUACAGAUUCAAGUGUCAUUGGUACGGCUGACUUACAGUUCACUAAUAAUCAUGGAGCUCGACACAGCGUCAAUAGUGCAUACAUAAGACCUAUUCGUGGAAAAAGAGAAAACCUUAUUAUAAGACCAAACAGCUUAGUUACAAAAGUGGUUAUAGAUGAAAAAACUAAACAAGCUACGCACGUCGAGUAUGUCGAUUUGAAGACGAAGAAGACUAGAAUAGCUGUGGCAAAAAAAGAAAUAAUAGUGUCUGCAGGAGCCAUCGAGUCGCCAAAGCUGUUAAUGUUAUCGGGUAUAGGAGCAGCGGAUGAGCUUCGAGAAGCUAAUAUCAAAGUAAUCAAUGACUUACCUGGAGUUGGAAAGAAUCUCCAGGAUCACUUUAACGUCCUAACAAUCCAAGUUAACUUUGACAAUAAAACGUCUGAGUAUAGUACUAGAACUAACAUGGAAAAUGAUUUCGCUAAUUGGAUGAGUACCCAUGGAGGUCCACUAUCAGGUUACGGACUUAUGAAUAUCGUAACGUUCUAUCAAACGCCAUAUGAAACUACUCCUGGAGUUCCUGACAUUCAAAUUGCUUGUGAAGGCAUUCUUAAUGAUCCAUCAACUAAUAAAGAUAUACCUUAUACUCCUAGUUCCUAUUAUAAUCAAUUUUUACUAGUAACAACGCUUUUGAACCCUAAAAGUCGAGGACAGCUAAAACUUAACACAACUGAUCCCAUAUCAAGUCCACCGCUCAUAUAUGCCAACUAUUACAACGAUUCUCGUGAUGUGAAGGCUGUUAUAGCCGGUAUGGGAAUCUUAAGAAACAUUUUGAAUACGAAAACAUUCAAGACCAGAGGAUUUAAAGAAAUUAUAUCUGAAAAUUGUAAACAAUAUCCUAUUCACAGUGAACAAUACGAUCAUUGUAUAAUUAAAUAUAAUACAGGCACAGGAUUCCAUCCAGUUGGAACAUGCAAAAUGGGACCAAAAAGUGAUCCUAUGGCUGUAGUUGAUUCAGAAUUAAACGUUUAUGGUAUUAAAGGCUUGAGGGUAAUCGAUGCCUCGAUAAUGCCAAUUGUGACAAGAGGGAAUACGAAUGGACCAACUAUUAUGAUCGCAGAGAAGUUAAGUGACUCGAUAAAAAAAAGAUGGAUUUAA